AUGGCCAGUGAGGGUUUCCACGUUCAGAGUGUUCCUUCGGCUUCAGCUACACCCGCAGGCCCAGCCCCAGUGGUCAGUGAGCAGCGCGACCAACCGCCCCCGCAGCCGGUUCACAGCGUGUUGAAUACUACCCAAACAGAUAGUGAACCUGUCUUGCUGGAGAAGGCCAAAGCUGGGGCUCAUGCAGAUCGUCCUGAAGCCCCUAAGCAGACGGUAGAGACCCGACCGCCUGCGGAGCCCGCCUCAGAUCGCUCACUUGGCGGCACCGUCGCAGCUUCAGAGCCACAGGCUCCCGUGGAAGCUCAAAAGGCAGAGUCAAAGUCAGAGUCAGACUCGCACAAGGUCGAACUUCCACUCGGCAAAGAAGAGCCUCAGAUUGGCGAGAAACGUGGCCUCGACGCAACCGAUAGUACUGCUCCAGCGCUGGGAGUCCCUGCCAAGCUUCCGUCGGAGAAGCCUGACGAGCAUGAAGCUAAGAAGCAGAAGACAGAUCAAGAAACCGCUGGUGAGACCAACGGCACCUCCACUGGUGCGCCUGCUACGGCCGCACCUCCUCAAGCCACUACAUCUACCGACCCCGCUGCCUCCGCAGCUCCCCCAGCUCCUGAGGCUUCAUCGGCCCCUGCGUCCGAUGCUAAUGGGGAUCUAAAGAAAACCGGCCGCUCCAAGAAGGAAAAGAUCAAGGACGCGGUAAAGAAGGCCAUUCCUAGCGAUGGAAUUGGUAGCCGGACUCGUAGCCGGACCAAGGGUGCCUAG